CGCUGCUCUGCAACUGCGACUACGAUGAUCGCAGCAGCGACGACAACGGCAUCACCACCGAUAUGGUGGCGGCAGCACAUGCAGAUUGAGAUGCACCAUCGCCGUGUAACCGCUUCCUCCUUUUCCCGUCGAAUGAAUCCACCGUUUCCAAAUCUGAGAGGUUUGGGAUUGUACAGAAAUGGGGCUGUGGAGUCUAGUUGCGGUGCUGUCUCUCGAAGCAAUCAAUGGUACGUGUCAGUGUCACCUUGGGAUGAUAAGCCCUUUGAAAUGCUUCCAAAUGGUAAAAAGGUUUACUUGGAUGAACAAGAUGUAGUGACGUUUCUUGAUCCUCCUAAGGAGUUGAUCCCUUUGGACCCUUCUUCUUAUAAUCCCGCUGCAUACCUUUGGAAAAAAAUUGAAGAUAUUCCUGAGGAAAGGCGUCAUCGAUUGCUGCUAUUGCUAAAACCAAGGUCUUUUCUUUUUUCAAUUGCUUGUAUUCAAUGUUUAUUUUUCUUUUAUCUAACGGUGGGAAUGUUGAUAUCUUUGUGCAGACUUGUAUCAAUGGCUUGGCAGAUAGCUGGUACGCGAUAUGAGGAUCCUAAGUUAGUAAAGAAAAGUGCAUCUACGUUGCUCUCCAACUCCAACAAGGAUGAUGUGAUGCUUGAAUAUUACAACUGCAGAACUAGUGGAGGAACGAUGCCAAUUUCGUGGAUAAAUUCCUUCAGAAAGGCUAUUUUUUCCUGCAAGGAUGGGCAGGCCUAUGGACGAAUCAUCUAUGGACCAGUUUUGGCUGCAUUUACUGACUCCUUCACUCCUUUGUAUUUUACGGUGAGACAACUUAAGGAGGUGAUGUCAACUGAGCAGCCAUGUGAUUUAGCAUAUGAAUUCGGCGAUGGACUACAUGACAUCAAAGAACUUCCAUUAGGCUUUCCAAGACCAGUUAAACAUCCCUAUCCUUUCAACGAUCAAAUUGUUAUGUAUGUUCGCUUUCUAGCACCUGGGGUUGCUGUAGGGCAAGCAUGGCAAGAGGGAACAAAGUUAGAGCAAGUCCCACGAAAGUUAUGCAGAGAGAUUUUAAUGGUGAAGGAUUAUACAUCAUUACCAGAAGAUCUGUGAAGAAAGUAGUUAGUCCUCCCUUGGAUAAAACACUUUUUUGUUAACAGUUGUGCACAUAUUG